CUUUCUUUAAUUUAAGAAAUGUAAUAAUAGCAUGAAUAUGGGAGAAUUUGAAGAUUUGUUUACAGAUUCAGAAGAUGAGUUGCCUUGUGGUUGGGAAAUGAGAGUUACAGAUUCUGGAAGAGUUUAUUAUGUUGAUCAUAAAAGUAAAACCACACAAUGGAAGCAUCCAAAAAAUUCUAGAGAAAAAUACUUGUCACCAGAACUUCCUUUUGGGUGGAGCAAAGCCUCUACAGAAGAUGGUAAAAUUAUCUUUAUUAAUCAUAUUGAAAAUCGAACUACUUGCAUUGAUCCACGAAUUGCUUAUUCAAUGUCUGACAAAAAGAAUGCUGCAAUGAAGUUUGAUUCUUAUAGUUCAGCAAUGGUUGUUCUUAGAGGAAGAGACAUGCGAGGAAUUACUGCUCUUAUAACUGGUGCAAACUCUGGCAUAGGUUUUGAAACCGCAUUAGCUCUUUCUCUUCAUGGCUGUCAUGUAAUACUAGCAUGUCGUACUAAAAUUAAAGGUGAGCAAGCUGCGUCUCUUAUUCUAAAAAAACAGAAAAUACCAAUAAAAGUUGAUGUUGUUGAAUGUGAUUUGGCUUCUUUGGAUAGUGUAAAAAGAUGUGCUGAAACUAUUCUACUAAAAAAAUGGGCUAUAAAAAUUCUCAUAUGCAAUGCCGGCGUAAUGGGCCUUCCAUAUUCUCUGUCAUCUGACGGAAUUGAAAGUACUUUUGCCAUCAACCAUCUUGGUCAUUUUUAUUUGGUUAAUUUAUUAAAAGAUGUCCUUUUAAGUUCAGCACCAGCUAGAGUGAUAAUUGUGUCAUCAGAAUCUCAUCGAUUUCCUUCACUUUAUGGAGACACGUUUGAGAUACGAGAUGUUCCAAUGAAAAAAUCUGAUUAUAUCUCAAUGGUCGCCUAUAACCAAUCAAAACUUUGCAACCUACUUUUUGCUUUUGAACUUAAUAGGCGUCUUGAAUCAUUUGGAGUUACUUGUAAUGCAGUUACACCUGGUUGUUUAAUAUCCACCAGUAUUCAGCGCCAUUCAUAUUUUUAUAAACUUUUGUUUUUGCUAGCAAGGCCUUUUGCAAAAUCACAGUGUCAAGGCGCCUCAACGUUAGUUUAUUGUGCAGCUUCGCUUGAAAUGGAAGGAGUUGGUGGAUUCUACUUUAAUAAUUGUGCUGGGUGUGCUCCUUCACAACUCUCACUAAACGAACAACUUGCUAAAGAAUUGUGGGAUUUCAGUGAAAAGCUAGCAUUUAAAAAAUUCGAUAUUGAUUGGUUGAUUAACAUUUAAAUAUUUGUUUAAAACUAAAAAAAAAAAAAAUUAUUAAUCAUAUUAGUACUUAACCUGUGUGAACACCUAGCGUGUGUACAAUUAAAUUAUUAUAUGAAGUUGUAGUAAUUCAAAUAAACAUGAUUUAACAGCAUUUUGAAUUAGUUGUAAAUAUAUAUUUAUAAAAUUAAA